UUGUGAAAUAAGCCCAGGCCAGCAGUUCCUUUUGGUUUUUUCGUAAGCAGCAGGUGUGAAUAAAACAUAAAAGUUUGUAUUCGGCAGCUCUAGAGUACAGUUAGGAUACAGCUAAUUUCACCGGGAGGAAUAAUAUGUCACUGUCUCCAGUAAUGUGAAAAAAAACAGGAAGCUUUUCUUUCCAUGACUCUCAUGACGCUGACGUCACGGGGAAUGCGGAGUACAAUUGCCUUGUUAGAAAUAAGUGACCUGAAAACAAACUGAGAGGCCACGGAGCUGCAGAAAAUGUUCAGUUUAUGCUGUUGCUGCUUCUCUGGCGAUAACUCCAACAACUAUGAGAGACGGCGUCUCCUGGAUCCCCGACGCUCUGAAGUCAGUGGUGCUGAAUCCGCCAGGCUGAGCCGUUCAUUAGCACACAGCGAUGCACAGACUGUGAGACGGAUUGGACGGCUGGUGAUGAGGCGAGUGUGCGUGCCAGAGCUGGAUCAGAGGUUUUUGGAGAUGGCUGAGACCUUCAACAAGCAGCAGGAAGGCUUCGAGGCCAUGGCGCGGCAUAUAAGAAACCUCCAGAAGAGCUGUGACUGUGCCCAUGAUGACACCCUCGCUUUUGCUCAGUGUUUGGGGAAGAUUAGAGAGGAGCAGGAACCAACGUACCAGGUCUCUCUUAAGAUGAAGGGCUACGACUUCUUCCUCAGUGCGGUUCCUGUGUGGUCUGAGGGCGCGGGUGAGGGGAAACCGCUUCCUCCUCGUCUGCAGAGGGCUCAAAAUGAACUGAAGGGUGCUUCUGACAGCGCCAGGAUCACCAUUUCAAAGGGGACCACCCUUCAAGAGCUUAUCGGCUGGUUGCUCCGUAGCCAUGAUAAAAUGGCUGAGCAAGUGAAGAAGGCAGCAGAAACUUUCCAAGAACAAGGGAGACUGAGUGAGAACCUGGAGGAGAACAUGAGGGAAGUGAGGAGGGCCAAAGAGUUGUCUCAAGGAUACAGACAACAGGCUGCGGCAGUUCUCACUGAGGCUGCACAGAUAGCAGGGGCUCCUCUGUAGUGCACACACCUUUCUAAAAGUUUUGUUUUAACCAACCACAAUGCAGAACAAGUACAGCAUUUCCAUGGGUUAUACUCUCCAGGUGUUUUGUAACAACUGAAAUGGUACAAAAGCUGUCCAUCUUGUUCACUCAAAAAAAUCUGUUGUUGGAUGAACACAAUUUAAUCAUGGCACCUUUUUCCACGUGAUUUAACCAAGUACAAUAACCCAUUUUUGACCGUGUCAAACCAACACAUUUGGCAUUUGGUGGUUUAAUGUAAUGAAAUUAUGUUGGAUCAACGUAGUAUACUUGCAUGGACUUGAAGCGAUUUAUUUAAGUAUAUAAAGUGAAAUUUGUUUUAAUUCAUUCUACACAAGUUUAAAACUUUAGGAAAACAAAAUGAAAUCUUGUUGUUUGAACAACUACUUUGUUAAUCAAGGCAAUUACUGUUAGUCUUGCUUAAUGAACCAAUAUGGGGGUUGAUGAUUUCAUAGAGACAAACAACCAUUUGCACUUACAUUUAUGGAUAACUUAGAAUCACCAAUUAACCAAACUCUAAUAACACACUGUAAACCAGCCAGAUUGUGGAUUUGAACGCAGGCCCUUCUUGCUGUGAGACAACAGCACUAACCAUCACACCACCAAGCUGUCAAUCCAGGCUUAGCAAAACUAGGAAAGCUGUGAUUACAAGGCUUUAUGUAGAAUUCUCUGUACGUUUUUGUCCUUGACAGGUUAAACCACAAUAAAUAGCGAUAGCAUACACGUGGUGUGGGUGUAGUUGUCUAACCACUCUUACUAGAUUGUAUCAUGUCAUCUCAACAAGAACAAAUUAAGUUGCUGAAUUUCAUGCAGAUGCUGCAUGAUUUAAUUACGUUCACCAUAGAAACAUGAAAUUAUUUAGUUCAAAUUACAAGUUUGAAUCUUGUACAUGUAACGACCACCCAAUUUCAUUUUUUGAGUGUUCUCAUUCUUGGCAAACAAAUGGAUAGCCCUGUGAACAUACUUGUCUGUCAAAUACACCUUGACUAAUCUCCAUAAAUAUCCCAAUCACACCAAGA